AUGCCCAGCGUAACGGCGAGUGAACGCAAACUGUGCACCGCAGACUUCAACAGCUGCAUCUCGCCAUCGACGGAGGCAUCUUCCCACGCCGACUGGACGGUACUCCGGCAUGUGGUGGUAGAGCUCCUCCGUGAUGUACGGCAUGAUGGGGUGGAGCAGACGCAGUCCGACGCUGAAACUGCUGUUGAGGGCGUAUAUGGCGCCCUCCACAACGGGGCCGACCUCGGCAACGUCCUUGAAAGACGGCAAACGCGGCUUCACCACCUCGAGGUAGAUGUCGCAGAGCUGGUACAGCCAGAAGUCUUCUCAAAUGCCUCAGUAACCUGCGCAUGGUGUCAAUAUUGUAACGGUGUAACGCACCUUGGCGAUGUAUUCGUUCAGCUUCAGCAAAAUCCAGCGGUCUUCCCACUGCAAGGUCGACGGAACGGUGCUCAUGUCGACCUUAAGGCCCUGGAUCUUGGGCAUGGCGAACUUGAGCGCGUUCCAUAUCUUGUUGCCGAAGUGCCUGCAGCUGAUGAUCUUGUUCACAUCGAGCAGGAUGGCCCUGUUUUGGCGGGUCAAGGACAGAAGGCCGAGACGCAGGGCAUCAGUACCGCAGGCGGGGAUGCCCUGCGGGAAUUGCUGCUUCUGAAGCGCAAUGGCCUUCUUGAUCUCCCCGGCGGGCAGGCUGGAGUUGGUGAUCUUUUCAUUGAGGCUUUCGAGGGUGGUCCCCUCAAUAACCUCGAGCGGGUCCAGCACGUUGCCCUUGCUCUUGCUCAUCUUCUCACCACGCGCAUCACGCACGAGCGGGUGCAGGUAGACCUUCGAGAACGGCAGCUUGCCCAUCAAAUGCAAGGACAUCAUCACCAUCCUCGCAACCCAGAAGAAGAUGAUGUCGUUACCGGUCUCGAGCAGGGUGGUGGGGAAGAACUUCAGGAAGUCGGGGUGCUGCUCGUCAGGCCAGCCCAGGGUGGACAACGGGAAGAGUCCGGACGAAAACCAUGUGUCUAG